UCGCUCAGGAGUGGCAGGGCCCAUCGAUGUUUGCCCGACCCUGUUGCAGUGCCAUCAUCGCGCUCAUCUAUCACUUAUUAUUAUUUUCGCUUGACGAGCCUACCACUGUCUUCGGACAGAUACCAUAAAGCUAUGUUCGCACAGUCCUAGACCUCCAGACAGCUACGUAUCGAAGCGGAUAAUGGAGACUGUGCCGCCGUCCUAUGAAACUGCAACGACCAGGGACGCUUGGACCAUAAUCGCCCAAUACAUACCAUCGAGCGACCUCUGCGCUGCUACUCUAGUCUGUCGAAGAUGGCAUGCAGUGUUCAUGCCGUUUCUCUGGGGAAACCCAGCAUCUCACUUUGGAACGGAAAAUGAUGAAGUCUACGUCGCUUUGACGAGAUUCAGAAGGACCCUCAGGUAUGCCCGUCCUGAAGUACGGAGGCUAACGCACACCCUCCAUAUGCCUCCAGCGCUUUCGGAGAUUUAUGGCGGCCCACGUCCUGAAUGGCUGCGAGAGAUCUUCGAGUACCUGCCAUGUCUGCAGUCUCUGAUAGUGUCUGAAUUGCCGUUCUUCGACCACAGUGCCAUGAUGGCUUUGCGGGGUGCUGUGUCGGGGGGAGUAUCAUCGCGAACAUACAAUACACGCCUGCUCAUAGCGGAGCGCGAACCGAACACGACGUCUUUGGGCAUAGCGGAGACAUUGUUACGCUUUCCGGAGCUGAUAUAUCUCGAUUUAUCGUAUACGACAUCUGCGAAAGACCAGACCGUCCUAUCUGCGUUAUCCCAACUCGAGCGGCUGCAAGUGCUCAAGCUACGAGGUAUCGGAUUAAAGGAUAUUGAUGCAGCGUUUUUGGCAAAUGCUAUCGGCCAUAGGGUUCGGUUCCUUGACCUGCGGGAGAAUAAGCUUACCGACACGGCUCUUCAGCCGCUACUUCAUGCUUGUUUUGGGCCGCCAAACCAUGAUCAUCUGCGUCCUCAAUCAACCUUUCUCCGAUCGCCCGGGUUGGACGAGAAAUUCCGAAAGGCGUUGACAAGUCCUUUGACAGGUCGCUCUUGGGUUGAAGAUCUACCAAAUGUGGGAAUCACACAUCUUUAUCUCGCGGACAACCAGUUUAGUGUCAACGGGAUAGCGAGCAUCUUAGCGACAUCCCAACUACAUGUUUUAGAUGUAGGAACUCUUGAUAUGGCGAAGCGCAGCAUCAAAGUUCAGUCCAAUGGAAGACGCGAAGCAUACGCGGGUUCUGAGAAGCUGAUACCCAUUCUGGGCACGGCUGCAAAGGAGAAUUUAACUUACCUGAGGGCGCAUCAUACUAUUUGCACCUCUACCGCUCUGCAGGAAAGGUCGAUGUCAGGGGUUGAUUUCCUUCCAGAGCUUUCGGGGAAGCAUGCGAUGGCGCGUGCAAGUGAGCUGGAUACUCACGACACCCAGAUACAUGAGCUCCCCGCAGACAACACUCCAGUGUUUGAAGUUGCAGGAAGUACCCCAAGACCCCAGUCAUCUGACAGUGUGCGCAGUAAUAAAGACGGCCAAAGUGGCAUCGGAUAUGAACAUGAACGUCCAAUGGCCCCAAGGCGAGGCUCUGCUUUCGCGCCAGAGGUGUUGCCUAGCCCUAACGAAGCCAUUAGGACCACUUUGGCCGGCUUUUCGGACACACACGCUACAAUAUCAAGUGCACCCAUUCCAUUGUGUAGUUCUCCUAGUCUCAUGGAAGGUCCGCGUGCACGAAAAAUCCAAGAACUGCUUGCAAAGCGACCUAACUAUCAGCCUCGCCGACAAGGAAUCGGAAGCUACUUUGAUUUUCUCCACCCUUCCCAUAUUCCUCACCUUGAGGUUUUGGUGCUCACAGAUGUUCCGUCCCACGUUUCUGCCACCUCACCAAUCCUGGAGUCGUUGAUUCGCUUUGUGACUGCUUGCUCCAACGAAGCGCUACUCGCAACCCUACAAGCAGGAUCAGAUUACUCCCUACCACCGGGCCAAGACCGGGCGAGGGCUGAGCAGGAACGAGCAAAGUCCCUCUUUGGCUUGCGCCAGCUAGUCCUGGAAAUAACACCAGUAACCCACUCCCUCCAACCUAUUAAAUCGACCGCUUGGAAAUCCGUCAGCGCCCAGAUUGGACACCAAAGGUCAGUGACGGGUGACUGGGAUCUCGAACGCCUUUGGUCCGCAGCAUCGGAUGACUUUAGUUUUUUCAACGAAACCGAAUGUGGGAUUCCAGCUGAUGGUACAACAUGCACAGCGGAAACUCAUAAUGCUUCGUCUGCAUCUGUACCGUCAGUACCAAUCGUGGAUCUCGUAUCUGAACUGGCCGCUUUCCGGCGGAGAAAGAAACUGGAAUAUGAGCAGGUUGUACGGUCCACUUUUCAGAGAAGAAGCAUGGAUGACACCCUAUUGCCUCAGUCUCAGUCUCAGUACACAAUGGGCUCGGCUGCUGGGGCGUCCCCGUCUUCAAGCGUCCGAGCGUUGAGUCCCGUCCCUGGACCUUAUUCGUUCAUCGCCCACCAUGUUGAAGGGCACUGGAAAGGGGAAGUCAAGAUUGUCCGAAAUGCGACCCCUAAGGGGCGAAGCGGGUGGGUGGACCUGUAUGGGAACUAUUUUGAGAAAGGGUACUUGUAUCCCUGA